GGAGAAGUAAAUGAGAUAGCUCAGUUGCGACUGAAAACAGGCGGAAGAAACUUGUCUACUUCAGCAUCUUUAGAUCACAAGGAAUCAACUCUAGUUAACUAGUAAUGCUUAUCAAUGUAUCAAGAUCGAGCGUCUUGUUGCUCCUACUAUUCGCCUACAAUGCUUGUCAUGCUGCGAACCUGCUCCUUAUCUUUCCACAUGCCAGUGAGAGUCACUUUGCUGUGAUGAGAACGCUAGUCACCGAGCUUUCUAGUAGGGACCACAAUGUAACAGUCUACUGCACUCAUGAACUGGGUGAACGUCUGGAACGAGUAACAGAAAUAGUAGUUCAACCGGAAUAUGACCUUUGGGGUAACUUGCAAAAUCAUACUUCAGCUUCUAGUCUAGAUCAACUAAGUCGGUUUCCAGAAGAAAUGCUGCAAAACUCUUUGGCCUUAGUCGGCGCUGCCGCUCUUGAUCACUUUCUUUCUCAGAAGCCGUUGCAGAAGUUGCUGAAACUGCAGUCUGCCGAAUUUGAAUAUGAUGCCAUUGUAGUGGAUUAUUUUUACACAGAGGCUUUGUUAGGUUUGGGAUAUAAGCAUCAGACGCCCAUAAUUGGCAUUGUCAGCACAGAUUUUGGGAAUUAUAUGGAAUCAGUGCAAGAGUCCUUAGUUCCCGCCGCCUGCUCGCCAAUAGACUUUGAGCAAUUUAAUCCAAAUUUAAGCUUUCUCGAUCGAUUGAGCAAUAUACGCACAUGCAUGGCACGACGCAAGCAGUUUUACAGGGUACAUCAUGCAGCCCAGUAUAAAUUAAUACGAAAACAUUUCCAACUGUCUACGACAGUUGAAGAACUGCAGGCACAUCAUUUGGCAUUGUUGCUUCUUAAUAAUCACGUGCCUUUGUUGACGCCACGCAUGAUGGUGCAACAAAUAGUAAAUGCUGGUGGAUUACAUAUACGUGGACCACACGAGCUGCCGUGGAAUAUCAAGCGAUUUGUGGAGGAAUCACGAGCAGGCAUUAUAUACAUGCACCUUGGAAAUGAGCAAAACUGCGGCGAGUUGCCUAAGGAAAUGAUAAAAAUACUCUUUGAAUUUCUUGGCGCACGCAAAGAACGCGUCAUUUGGACUUGCCACGAUGCAACUAAGCUAAAGGGAUUGCCUAAGAAUGUCAUGAUUCAACAUGGAGUGCCACAAAUCGACAUUUUGGCGCAUCCACAUGUGCGUGCCUUCAUAAUGAAUGGAGAUCUACUGAGUCUACAGGAAGGGAUUGUGCGACAUGUACCUAUGCUGGGUUUGCCAAUAUUUCAGAAUGAGCGCAAGAACAUGCAACUAGCUGAAAGACUAGGUGUUGGCCUGCAAUUAAAACAAAGUAAUUUGAGCAAUUUAGCACUUAACUGGGCUGUGGAUGAGCUGCUUAAUCAACAGAAGUAUCAGGUCAGCAUUCGCGAAGUUUCCAGUGAGUUCCGCGACAGACCAUUGGGAGCUUUGGCAAGCGCUAUUUUCUGGAUCAAUUAUGUAGUGCGCCAUAAGGGAGGUACUGCAAUUAGAACACGCGGCAUUGACAUAGAAUCUAAUCAACUGCAUCUUUAUGAUUUAUUUAUUUUCUACCUUGCUGUGUUACUUGCUUUUGUUCUUCUGCUCCUAGGUGCUUACUAUGCUGUUAUGUAUGCUUUGCAAAAAAAGCGUAGCAAGUUCUCAAAGUUAAGUUAAAUGUGCAUUUCGUAUGUUAAUUAAAUAAAAA